CCAGGAGCGGCAGGCUGCCGCCCCCGGAAGUAGUGGGUACCGGGAAGCCGUGGGGCGGAAGCUGUGGAUGGCGGGAGGCUGUGGCGCUCUCUGGGUGGGGAAGCUGUUGCUGUUGCUAGACGACGCGAAUUAGCGCUCGUCACUUCCUCAGCCUGCCGUCUGCCCACUCCCCAAGCCGGAACCUGGGGGCCCAGACCCGGGAUAGGCACAGAGUUGUCCUCAUAGGUCCAGGACAGAGGCCAGCCCGGCGGCGGGAGUCAGUGCCACGCCACCUGCAGGGAAGAACCCAAGCCGAAGCGGGAAGAUGGCUGCAGACAAGCCUGCAGAGACGGGGUUUCACCAUGCUGACCAGACUGGUCUUGAACUCCUGGGCUCAAGUGAUCCACCCACCUUGGCCUCCCAAAAUGCUGGAACUACAGAUCAGGGAGCAGAGAAACAUGAAGGCACAGGUCAGUCCUCUGGGAUCACUGAUCAAGAAAAGGAGUUAUCCACCAAUGCUUUCCAAGCUUUCACAUCUGGAAAUUAUGAUGCCUGUCUACAACACCUUGCCUGUCUACAAGAUAUAAACAAAGAUGAUUAUAAAAUAAUUUUGAAUACAGCAGUAGCUGAGUUUUUUAAAAGUAACCAAACAACAACAGAUAAUUUGAGACAAACACUUAACCAGCUGAAGAAUCAGGUCCACUCAGCUGUUGAAGAAAUGGAUGGAUUAGAUGAUGUUGAAAACAGCAUGUUGUACUAUAAUCAAGCAGUCAUUCUUUAUCAUCUGCGGCAGUAUACUGAAGCCAUAUCAGUUGGUGAAAAACUUUAUCAGUUCAUAGAGCCUUUUGAAGAAAAAUUUGCCCAAGCAGUGUGUUUUUUGCUUGUAGACCUGUAUAUAUUAACCUACCAAGCUGAGAAAGCUUUGCAUCUUCUUGCUGUCCUAGAAAAAAUGAUUUCACAGGGUAACAAUAACAAAAAUGGAAAGAAUGAGACUGGUAAUAACAACAACAAAGAUGGAUCUAAUCAUAAAGCUGAAAGUGGAGCUCUAAUAGAAGCUGCAAAAUCAAAGAUACAUCAGUACAAAGUACGAGCUUAUAUCCAAAUGAAGUCUCUGAAAGCAUGUAAAAGGGAAAUCAAGUCAGUCAUGAACACAGCUGGAAAUUCUGCACCCUCUCUCUUUCUUAAAAGCAAUUUUGAGUACUUAAGAGGUAAUUAUCGAAAAGCCGUGAAGCUAUUAAAUAGUUCAAACAUUGCUGAGCAUCCAGGAUUCAUGAAAACAGGUGAAUGCUUGAGAUGCAUGUUCUGGAAUAACCUUGGUUGCAUCCAUUUUGCCAUGAGCAAGCACAAUUUGGGAAUAUUCUACUUUAAAAAGGCUCUGCAGGAGAAUGAUAAUGUCUGUGCACAGCUCAGUGCAGGUAGCACUGAUCCAGGCAAAAAAUUUUCAGGAAGACCCAUGUGUACGUUACUAACCAAUAAGAGAUAUGAGUUGCUGUAUAACUGUGGAAUUCAGCUUCUUCACAUUGGAAGGCCUCUUGCUGCCUUCGAAUGUCUGAUUGAAGCUGUUCAGGUUUAUCAUGCAAAUCCUCGCCUCUGGCUACGGCUGGCUGAAUGCUGCAUUGCUGCCAAUAAGGGGACCUCUGAACAAGAAACUAAAGGCCUUCCCAGCAAAAAAGGAAUUGUACAGUCUAUUGUUGGUCAAGGCUAUCAUCGUAAAAUAGUUUUGGCAUCACAGUCUAUACAGAAUACUGUUUAUAAUGAUGGGCAGUCUUCGGCCAUUCCUGUAGCCAGUAUGGAGUUUGCAGCCAUAUGUCUCAGAAAUGCCUUGUUGCUGCUACCUGAAGAACAGCAAGAUCCAAAGCAGGAAAAUGGGUCUAAAAAUAGUAAUCAAUUAGGUGGGAACACAGAGAGCAGCGAAAGCAGUGAAACUUGCAGUAAAAGCCAUGAUGGAGAUAAAUUCAUUCCAGCUCCACCUUCUUCUCCACUGAGAAAACAGGAAUUAGAAAACUUAAAGUGAGUAUCUAAACAAAAUUAGCAUUACAUCUAUUGAAAUGAACACAUUCAUGGCUGGGCGCGGUGGCUCACACCUGUAAUCCCAGCACUUUGGGAGGCCAAGGCUGGUGGAUCACUAGGUCAGGAG